CCGCUCAAUCCCCGCCCAUUCGAUAUCUCUGGAUCACGUGACGCGAUGUUACCGGCAGAGAUGGACGUCGGUCGCUCUCUGGAGCUCCUCCAUAUGACGGUGUACAGUCAGUGCUUCUCUCCGUGUGGAAAGUAUUUGGCUGUUGGGAACAACCUGGGGCAGAUCGGGGUGUUCAGCGCACUCCGGGCCCAUCUACUGCCUGAGCUCCGCCGAGCGUCACCUGAUCAGUGCCGGGGACAACGAAGUGAAGGGCUGGCUGUGGACCGACCUGUGCAAGAAGGUGACCUGUCCCCAUGCGUGUGCUGCCACCU